GCACGUUUCUUGAUGGUCGGGGGCUAUGGGGCUCCAUGGUGAGCUUAAACAAAGCCAUUCAGCAGGCAGUGUCUGCAGCAUCAGGGAGUGCCAGCUCUGCUUCUUCUGAUGCCAUUGAUUCGGCUUUGAAAAGAGUGGAGCUUGCGCACCAAAUGAAUGUGGCUUUACAAAAACACAGAACGACCUUCAUAACACUUCUACAUAAACCAAAGCAUCAGCCUGACAGAGAUGCCCUUCAACGUUCCGUCUCCACACCCACAGCCAUACUUGGUUUCUCAGGCCAAACCAAGCUGCCAGAAGCUCUUGUUCGUGAGGCUCUGCUCAUCUCUGAUAUGUACUCACUCAACGAACUUGCUGCUCUUUCCCUACUUAAAGCUGCUGAAGAGGAGAAGACUCUUUACCCUGGAAUGCCUCGAGGCCUAAUUGCUGUUCUCUUUUAUUAUGACAGUAAAGAAAACUUUGCUAAUGCCUUCAAAACACUUCUGCAAGCACGACAGGGAAUCUCAUGGACCCUUCUAGAGGGCAAUGAGGAGCUUUCACUCUCAAUCACACGUUACCUGAAACCAAUGCUCACCCUCAACAUGGUUGACCGAAUCCUUGAAGUGAUUGUUGGCAUGGAUAUCACAAAAGAAGUAGAUAUGCUUCAACAAAAUCGAGCGCUUGGCGACGCUCGUCAUAGGCGAAUGGUGUUGGACAAGUUCAAGUCCAUUAGGACCCUCUUCGCAGAAGCACUUUUCUGCUGGUCUGCGCAAACUCCUCUCGAAAAAGACGACUGCAGGCGUCUUAUGGCCUACCUUUCUAAAGUGAAGCUGGAAGAAACAGGUGACGGAACCCUGGACCACGUAAAUUUAACACUUUUGAUGGCAUUACUCUACAGCCUAGAAGCUGGUCAUUUACUCGCUGUUGAGGACAUGACUGACGCUCUUAGCUCUUUUCCUAUCACAUCUGACAAGACUUUUGUUGCUGAAAUCCACAAGGAGUUAAAGAGCGGUCGAGAAUGGGAGUGCCCUGGCUUGAAGGCAGUCGUCCAAUUUGCAUGGGCAGUCAGUUUAGCCAACCUCAGGCAGGUGGCAAACAACAUACAGCUGGCUGACUACGAUGCUUUUAUUGACGAGGACGAGUUGAUGCUUUCUGAAGCUCUCAAAUGCAAAGUGUUUAGUUUCUUGGAGAAGUCUGUGCUCUACGAACGAAAUUCGCCCCUUGAUCUUUUCUAUUGCAGAAGGCUUCACGGCAUCAUGGCCGAUUUCAUACACAGAAUGCCGGAGCGCGUGAAACACAUGAAGACCAAAGCCGACGAAAACGCCCAGAAUAUCAUGGCCCACCUGAGAGAGGGCCUCGAGGUCCCAAGCAACAUUGAACAGCCUUUUGAACAGCUGUUGACUUGCCUUGCAGCUCUAUAUCGUCAUCCCAACUGUAGUGAGCUCAUUGACGAAUACUGGUGUGAAGGCACAUCAGCAGCCUCCUCAGGUUCUUUCAGCUCCCGUCAAGUGGCCUUGAGAAACUUCGUCCAGCUACCUCGUGAUUUCUUGCCUCAUUCGUUGUUCAUUCCCUACGUGAAAUUUCUAUCUAGCUUGGCCAGCACCGAAAUCUCCUGUCACCGCCUCUACGACUACCUACGACAUAGUAGCCGAUAUGGUCCUCAGGAAAGCAAUCUUUCUUGGGAUCACUUCUUGAAUGCCCUAUCAAAAUAUUAUCAGAAUCUACGGAUUGAACAGACUCCAGCUGACAGCAUCUAUCGCAGCAGCCGCAGCGCCCGUGCCAUCACUCCCCAGGAACUGGAGGGACUUGUGGUGGUAAUGCAACUUAUCGGUGCCGUCAUUAGUCUUAAUGAAGCUGCUCGCAUUGACCUGAGUGCUCGUGUCUCUUUCUCCCCCAUCGAAGUGUGUGCGGGGCUACUAACAUGCAGCGUUCCUCUAAGUCUUAAAACAAAGCUUCUGAACGUUUUAGCGGCGUUCAGCAUGUCACCUUCCGUCGCCGUGACAGUGUGGCAGUGCAUCGAGGCUGCCGGUCUUGUGCCUGCAAUGGCCGGAGCCCCUGGCUACUCAAACCGAGGAAUAAGACAAGAUAUUGAAGAGGUUGAAAGCAGCACUGAAGAGUUCCCGUUGAGUCGCGCUCUGGUUGCGCUUCUCAUUACACUUGUCAGUUCUGGAAUACCCUUCCAGCUGGCUACGUCAUCUCGCGGCCAUAGCUUCUCGCCGUACCUGCAGCUUGUCAAAGACCAAAUCUUCAUCCCUCACGACUCUCGAACCUACAGAAAAGCUGAAGAACGCUGGGCUGUUGCAAAGAUCUGCUGCUCUCUAUUUCACAAACUUGUCAUGGAAUACCAACCAUUCUCUGCUAAAACUAGUGGAUUUGAAUCUUCUCAGCACCAUCCUGGUCACAGUCUGGUUCUUGAUUUUGUUCAUGAUUCAAACUUGUUGCGUCAGUUGCUGAAUGUGAUGCAUGACGCAGUGCAAGUGCUGGAGCAGUACGUUGAAUCCAAAUGCUUUGACGACAUGCAAGCGACACUAAUGCUCAUCCUUGAGAUGUUCCUGAGAAUUCUGAAGUACCAAAGAGUUAUUCUGAACAGCGAAGAGAAUAGCUCUCUCAUGUUGAUUGGCCUCGACAGACUGCUUAUGUCGAUGAACCCACGCUCAGGAAAUUGUGAUUACCUGAUGAACGUAACUCGUAUCAUCAGCCAUCACCCUACUCUCGCGCAACACGCAACUCUUGCAUGCAAACUACUGGCGGAGGUAGGAGGGACGGUGUCAGGACAUAAGCACCUUAUGCCGCAACUGACAGCGCCAGCGAAUGCUGUCGUCACCCGUCAAUCUGUUGUACAGCUCAUCGACCACGCUGCUCUUGACGAAGAUCACGCUGAAGCAGCUAGAGCUGCAAUGAUGCUUCUUAAAACUUUCUUGGCUCUUCCAGCACCAAACUUGUCUCAUUUUUUCCUUGGUUUCCUUGACGGCACCGGAAUACGUAGUGGUGAACUGCGAUCUGAUUUACUGGAGCCUGGGGUUCGAGGCUUCCCUCGAACCGCGCUGCAUGCAAUGCUUUCUGUGCUACCGAUUUUGCCUCCACAGUCCUCAGAGUUGAUGCUCAGUUUACUUCACAGCAUUGCGUCUCAUCACUCGACUGCUGAUGCUACUCUUAGAUAUCUCUCAUCCAGGGACUUCGUGCACCGAUCACUCAGUGCCCUUCCCAUUGCCGUUGAAGAAACUCCAGACAGGAUCCUUUCUACAGCUUGGAUGUUGAGAAUUGCUGCUCUUGAUCUCCGUCAUCACGCGUUUCAUCAACAACGCUCGCAACUCAUUCGUCUCAUCAAUGUCCUUGUGACUGGAUAUGAAAGCCACCCUGAUGGCCCGGCGGAAGGAACAAUGGAGGGCACUGUGUCUUGGAUAAACAACACCGAAAAUGCGCCCUCAGCUACCCGCGGUAUCCUAUUGAGCCUUCUUGAGAUGCUCGAGUUGAACGUAGACCCACCUCACCCUCUGCAAUGCCAGUUCCUAUCGGGUGUUCCUGAGAUUAUCAAAUCCUGUGAAGAAGGACAAAAUUCGGAAAUAAAUAUCGAAAAGUUGUAUCAAAUGCUCAACCAAGUGCUACAAGAUAGUGGCCCUACUGGAGCAUCCAUCGCUCAAAAAGGUCCUUUGGAAGCUGAUGUCCAAGCCGUGCUGGAUUAUGCCCUGGCCAGAAACGCAGCUUCUACUUUACUGGUUGCCAGAAGAAACCUAAUGGAGGCGUGGGGGCAGCUUGCUGAAGUUGCCGUCACUGUGACUCCUGCUGAAACUUUGGACGGUCCUUUACAUCGCGCUUUUCUGCAUGCCAUAACGCUUGAGCUCACUCGUCGCGUUCUUGAUGACAUGGCAAGACCAGAUCUUACUUCCCUCCUGGUUUCGACGUUGCUCUUGCUGGUGUCGACGUUAAAAAAUCUUUAUUCGCCGGAAAUGCAACCUGAUGCUGGUACCAAUUUCGUAUCUGCCUUAGAUGCCGGCGAGCCUCCUCAAGUACCGUCAUCACUUCUAUUGAUCCUUCGUGGCCUCGUCGAAUGCGUCGCGCGCUUCCGUCAUAGCCACCAGUCCGUUCGAGCCAACGUAUACGCAGCGCUUCUAAAUUUUCUGAAAAUUUACAGUGAAUCUACUGAUGAUCCGACGAAGCCAAAAGAGAUCUCUUCACUGGUGGUCGCCCCUUCUGAGAACAGCAUUGAACAGUACCAGAGAGAAAGCUACGACGUCGUCAAGGAAGAGAUAAGUCAACUUCUAUCCGUGUUAUGCUGUGAAGCCACCGCUGGCCAUCACCUGUGCAGAAUGUUAGCGCUCACCUGCCUUAGUGCCAUAGCGGCUCUCGAGAUCCGCUCAGGGUCUAGUUUGAGCACUGGCUCGCUCCUCUCGUCCUCUCCCUCAGCCUUCCUGGAGCAGCUGACUCAGCAAGGGCAACUGCGCCGGUUACUGGAUGGGCUCGAGCAGGAUGACCAACAGCUUCUAAACCUCGUAUCUACUGGAGGAGAUCUGCGGCCUCUGUACGUUUGGAAGUCCCGAUGUGAUUUGCUUUCGCAGCUAGCAUUGAACCCAGAAGGCGCGCGGCAGCUGUUGCAAGUAGGACUUAUGUCUCGACUCGCUAAGCUUCAGAUCCUAGGAGCCAGCCUAGAAAUUGGAGAAAGUAUCACAAUAGGUGCCGUCAAAGGUGCUGUGAGAAUCUGUCAGGCCAUCUUUAGCUCUCUAAGCAGCCAAGACUGGUCUGCUGGCAGUCAAAUCGCCGAUUUUUUCACCAUUCACAUGAACACCAUCGGCAGCAUAUUGCAAAUGCCCUCUGCCAACGUGCCUCUUGACACCAUUGCUCUUGUUUCAGGAGUGCUAGCGAGCACGGCUACUGCUAGUCAAAACAAUAGCUCGGUCAUUCUUCUUUAUCAACGACUAGUGGGUCUUAUUCCAUCUCUGAUUCCUCCUGCCCCUCUCCUUAAAGAUGCCGACAUCGCCACUGAGAUUCUACACCUGGACAUCCUAUCUUCUUGCCUCACGUGUUGCUGUCAUCAUUUGUUGACAAAUCCACGGGCCAUUUUUUUCCAGCCUGUGAUCGAGUGCCGUUCCAGUAAAAUCCUGAACAUUGGAACGCUCCUGCAAGCUCUAAAAUAUGGAACCAACUUUUUCUCUGAAGCAAGUCGUGCACUAGCUUCACUUAAACGCGAUGCAGGUAAUGGCAUCUCGUCGAACACUGGAGGGCACGCCAAUCGAACUGCACUAUUAUCACUCAUGAAGAAACAGCAAUUGAGUGCUUUCAUUUGUGAGAGUUCGACGUAUGUCCUCUGGCGUCACUUGCAAACGGCCUUCAGUACCGUAGGUGCCACCGCCUCCAGCACUUUGGCCAUUCAACACCCAUACUCCUCGCCCACGCCUCUCCACAAGUCCCUGAACGCUGCGCAGGCGGCGGCGCUGAAGGAACAAGUUAGUGACAUGUUCAACGAACUGCUGCCCGCGCUGCAGCAGCUGCACCAAGAUUAUGGCUCUAAAACCUCCCAUGUCGCCUUCUUGCCCGCAAUCGUUGCGAGGGUUAGGAAAAUGCUCGUUGCUGCUAACUAACGCACACGUAUUCUUCUGGUGCCAAGAAUAAGAGCAAUUUUGUGCUCGUUGCCUCUCAAUAGAGCGUUCGUUGAGGCUUCGAAUUACUGAUUUUUAUACGCUUACUAAUUCUGAUGGUGAAGCGUAUGAAAAUUAAAAUCUACAUGAAAAUAAUACACCUUGUAACCUGAGUGGGAAAAGGAAUUGAUGUAUUUAGUUACCGUGUCAUGUCCACCAUGGAAUGUAAGGUGCAAAUGUAGUUCUAUUUCUCUCUCUGACCAUCCAAUAUUCUUACUUGAAUUGUCUUUACUCGUCAUUUUCUAGAAUGAUGCCUGUAAAGCGACGAGUUUAAAACUAGUUUCUUACGUAAGAUCGGUCUUCGAAGUUAGGUAAUUUAUUUGCUGUUCUUUACUCUAAGUUUGAUUCUUUGAUCUAUUUCCACUAAUUUUAUGCGGUAGGCAAUCGUUUACGUGGACACAAGACAGAUGAUACGAAGUUGAAACCUAUGAAUUUUUUCCUUUCCUCCGACCGAAGAACUGAGUACCUAUCACGACUCUUGCUUUGUUAUGUUCUAGUACAGCAAGUCCGGGACUAGUUUCGUACAUUUCUGCCGCCUUCAUUAGCUAACAUCUUCACGUAAAAUGUUCUGAUGGAUUAAAAUUUUAAAGUAUG